AUGGAAGCUACAUUGAGGAAUCUCGAGACUCAAAUUGGGCAGAUCGCUACAGCAUCUCACACAAGAAUUCCUAAUGCUAUCCCGAGUGAUACGGUGCCCAAUCCUAAAGGUUUUGAACAGUGCAAGGCAGUUAAGUUAAGAAGUGGGAAGGAUCUUGAGUCUCCAAUCAUGCUAGAUGCACAAAAUGGCUCGAACAUCUUGCACGCAGGGGCGGACAAGUUGUUUGGCUCACAAACCUCGCACGCAGGGGCGGACGAGGGGAUUGAGUGGGCUACUACCGAAGCUAGGGAAUGUCAACAAGAAAAAGAAGAGUCAACCAUGAGUGAUAUCCACAAGAAGAAUCCACUAAGUCCGGCAAUGGACCCGAAGAAAGUUAAUGUAGAUGUGUCCCUGGUGGAUUUGUUCCUACACUUUCCUAAAUUCUCCAAGUUUUUUAAGGAUCUUAUUGCGAAAAAGGAGAAGAUACAAGACGAUGGUGUGGUGAGAUUGAGCGCAUUUUGCUCACAAUUGGUGAAGGGGAAGAUACCUGCGAAGAGACGAGACCCUGGGAGUUGUGUGAUCCCAUGUGAGAUGGGAGAUAAAAAGUUCCCAAAGUGCCUACUUGAUCAAGGCUCGGGAAUAUCAUUGAUGGCUCUGAAGACGGCGAGGUCAAUCGGUCUACAAGCGAGGAUUGAGUCAAUCGAUAUUGAGCUACAAUUGGCGGAUCACUCAAUUGUGAAGCCACUAGGGAUCAUCAAGGAUGUCUUGGUGAAGGUGGACAAGUUUGUACUCCCGGUCGACUUUAUUGUCUUAGAGAUGGAAGAGGACAAGGACAUGCCUAUCCUCUUUGGUAGGCCAUUUUUAGCAACCGGUGAUGUUGUGAUAGAGACCAAGACAAAUACGGUCAUGUUUCGAGUAGAUGGAGAGAAUGUGGUGAUCAAGCAAGAGAAGGCGGGGAAGCGCCUAUUGGAGCCUGGAUAG